AGACAAGAAGGAUGUUGGAUCAUCAGAUGCCACGUUAGAGAACAAUGUGUUCUUUUGUGCUGCUUGGAUUCAUUUUCACCAUUUCUCCAACAUGGGGAACGGGACCGGAUGGAGCUGAUAAAUUGAUUAUUUUUGCUGCAGGCGAGGAAAGCACAAAAAUACCAUGUGGUUUACCGUCUAUUAGAACCUGCUCCUCUAUUAACUGGAGCAUGAGGUCUUCAUUGGGUACCGAGGUGGUGAAAGCAGGAAAAGUACUAAUUCCAAAAGAUGGCAAGUACCGUAUCCUGCAGGACUGCUCUCUGGAGAUUGCUCAUGUGCUGCUAGAAGAUGCACAGCUGUACAUGUGCAGCGACGGUGUGGUUAAUACAUCUAUUUCCCUCCGGUUUCUUGAAAUUAAAAAGAGCACAGAAGCUGCAGAAAACACACUGGAGCUUCACUGUUACCUCGGCAUUCAUCCAGGAUUUAGAGACUGUGGCAGCAACUCAGGCGUGCGCAUCAGGUGGACAAAUCAGGACAACUCGCCUCUACAAGGAGACAGAUUUACCCUUGAAAGUUCCUCUCCAUGUUUAUCAAAACUGGUCAUCACUAAAAAACAGACAGAUCAUCACCGAACAUGGAAAUGCCAGGUUGACCAGAAUGACCAACUCAAAGUCGUCAGUUACACGUCCACGAUAACAGACGGUUUGGAGGAAGUGUUUGCUGCAGUGGGUGAGUCAGUGUCACUUCCGUGCAGCAGCAAUUUCUCUUUCACUUCCCCAAGUGACAUAAAGUGGACUAUUAAUGACACCCCCCUGACAAAUUCGUCACUCCAAAAGACAUUUCAGAUCAAUAAAGACUCAUUGGUCAUCAAUAAAGUUAACUCUCUUCAUGCUGGAGACUACCAGUGCUCAGAGUCCAGCGGUAGUCAAAGGGUGCUCAACAGAGUCAGGCUGCACACCCUUGAUGUUACAGAAGAGUUUGAUCCAGAGGGUGAAAAUCUUAACCUGACUUGUAUUCUCACCUGUGCUGAAAAAUGUGAAGCAGAUUUCAACUUAACAUGGUCUGAGAGAAACCAAAACGGCCUGCAGAGCAGCCUAACCGCUGCAGGUAACACCCUCACAAAGAGGCUCCUUCUUCCUUUUCGGCCACCGAGUUCACAGGAAAUACUUUGCUCCGUGCAGCGAGAAGGCGCGCUGAUGACGUCAAAGAAAUGGCCCUCUGUUCACCCUCUGCAAACACUGGCCUGGUUAGGCCUUCCUCUGGGGCUUGUGGUGUGCACGGCUGUAGCAGUCUACAUGUACAUGAAGAGAAAGCAGAAGACGGAUGCAGCGGAAGACUUACCAACUGUUGAAAUGGUGAGAGGAGCAUUCACGAUUGAUUCCUGCCAAUAUAGUCCGAGUGCUCUAACAAUGAUGUAUUCUCUACACAGGGUCAUGUUUAUGAAGUCAUUCAGGAUGAGGAACCACAGAGGCCUUUCAAAAGUGAACCACCCAACACAACUUAUGACUUAUUACAGCCUGUGAACUGAGCUGUUACGGGUCCACUUCAAUCAUCUUCAGAUCUAUUGUAAAAGCAUUCUUAUACUGGUCGUUUAGUUACGAUUAUCAAGUUCUUUUUAACCAAAAUUGUAAUUUUAUGGGACAUAGUUUUCACAGAGCAGCAGUAGUUCAUUAGAAAUUCACCUCUGAGUCCAACAAAAA